AUGAGGUCGAACAAUUCAAUGGAGGAAUGUUCAUCUCUCAAACAAAGUUAUUCCGAUGCGGAUUGGGCGGGAAACAUUGAUGAUAGGAAAAGCACAAUUGUAGGAUGCUUUUACAUAGGCUACAACCUUGUCUCCUGGUUUAGCAAGAAGCAAAAUUGCGUCUCUCUUUCCACUGCUGAAGCCAAAUACAUAAUUGUUGGAAGCUAUUGCACACAGUUGUUAUGGAUGAAACAAAUGCUCAAUGACUAUGGCAUUCGGUAA